AUGUUGGUUCUACUUGCAUUCUUCACCAUCUUGAUCGCUUUUUCUUCCCAAAAGGUGACUACUAUAGAAGAAUUUCUCGCGGAGACGAUACCAAAAGAAGCUCAUGAGUUGACCGGUGAAGCACUCGUGAAUUAUGUGAACGAAAAGCAGCCGUUUUUCAAGGCCGAACAUAAACCAGAUGUCGCGAAACAACUUUUGGGAAGUUUGAUGAAGUUGGAAUACGUUGAGCAGCACAGGGAAAUUUUGAAAACAGUAAGGAUAGAAAGACCGAUGGCUAAUGAACAACUUCCUGACAGUUUCGACGGGAGAGAACAAUGGAAGGACUGCCCGUCUCUGAGGUACAUUCGAGAUCAAUCACACUGUGGUAUGUUGACCUUUUAG